AUGUGGUGGCAGACAGCAUUAUGUAUAGUCUGCGCAAGCGCAGUGCAGAGUUAUCAAUUUCCGCCAGGCUUUAAGUUUGGUGCAGCGACAGCCGCCUACCAAGUAGAAGGGGCGUGGAAUGUUAGCGAUAAAUCUGAAAAUAUUUGGGAUCACUUCGUCCAUUCUGAUCCGAGUAGAAUCGCAGAUAGGUCCUCAGGAGAUGUAGCGUGUGAUAGCUAUAAGCAUUGGAAGAGAGAUGUUGAAAUUGCCAAAGAAUUAGGCCUCCAUUUCUAUAGGUUUUCUAUAGGCUGGACAAGAUUGUUGCCAAAAGGUUUUGCAAACUAUGUGAGUGAAGAUGGCAAAAGAUACUAUAAUGACCUAAUUGAUGCUUUACUUGAAAAAGGGAUCGAACCAGUUGUAACUUUGUACCAUUGGGACUUGCCACAAUCUUUGCAGGAUUUGGGAGGAUGGACUAAUAGCCAAGUAUCAGACUGGUUUGCUGAUUAUGCUCGUGUAGCUUUCAACCUAUUUGGUGACCGCGUUAAAACCUGGAUAACUCUAAAUGAACCACUAAUUUUCUGUGAAAUAUCAUAUAAUACCGGAACUCACGCACCAGGAGUUCUAAGUCCAGGGAUUAGAAACUAUAUAUGUAAUAAAAACGCCAUACUGGCUCAUGCGAAGGCUUGGAGAAUAUACGAUGAGGAGUUCAGGCAUAUUUGUCAUGGAAAAAUUUCUCUCACGAAUCACUAUAUAUGGUAUGAAAGAGCAGAUGAAAAUGAAGAUGAAGCGACCGAAAUAGCGAAACAAUUCAUGGCAAUGUACGCACAUCCCAUAUUCUCUAAAAGUGGUGGAUGGCAUCCAAUAAUUGAGAAGCUUGUGGAAGAAAAGAGCAAGGAGGAAGGCUUAACUCAAUCUAGAUUACCUGCAUUUACUGAAGAAGAAAUUGAUUUCAUAAAAGGAACAUACGAUUUUUUCGGUCUCAAUUACUACACAGCACGUAUAGUUCGUAAGGCCCAGGCAGAUGAUAUUAUUGGCCCAUGGCCCUUAAUGGGAAAUAAAGAUGGUAAUAUAGUAUUGUCGGUCAAUCCGGAUUGGCAAAGGGCUGCAACGGAAUGGUUUUACAUAUACCCCGAAGGUCUUCGUCUACAAUUACAAUGGCUGAUAGAACAGUAUGGAGAUAUUGAAAUAUACAUUAUGGAAAAUGGUUUUGCUAACAAUUCCACUUUGGAUGAUGACGACCGUGUCCAAUAUUACAAAGAACACUUGGAACAGGUUUUACUUGUUAUCAAUGAAGACCGUAUCAAUGUGACGCGGUACACAGCUUGGACUAUGCUUGAUAACUUCGAGUGGGCUGAUGGAUACAAGCCAAAAUUUGGUCUUUAUCAAGUGGAUUUUGAAGACCCAGAACGCACACGCCGCCCUCGCGCCUCUGCGUGCUACUACUCGAAUUGUGCGUCUAUGCGAUCCCCGCCGGCCGGCACUGACAGCCGCCCCACCUAUAUAAAGAACCUCGCGCGUCAACUUGAGCUAUCUGGUCGCCUGGCUGGACUUCUCACCAGACGAACUAAAUCCGGCUGGGCUCCGCGACACAUAACGCACUCCCCUGUCCGACUCCAUCACGAGUCC